UGAUAUGGUAGGACCAGGUAGACCGGGAGGAGUACAAGAAUUAUCAUUACCACAACCUUUAGCAAGAGAAGAAGCGAAUACGAAUUUUGGAAAUGGGCGAAAUCUAGGAUAUGGAUCAUCACAACCAUCUGGCCCGACUCAUCCUUCAUUACAUCAACUUAGUAUGAAUUAUAGAAAUGCAAUGGAACCAGAAGAAGGUGAUCAACCGAAUUCAGCAGCACAUGAUCAUGGAUUCUUUAGUCCACCUUAUCUUGGAUCUAAAUCUUCUAAUCAAUCUAAUCCAACUAAAAGUUCAUUGGGUAAGAUUAAUACUUCGUUUGUGAAUCGAGGAGGUAUAGGAAGUGGUGAGGAGGGUAGUAGUCGUAGUAGUAGUUUAGGUGGAGCAGAUGAGUUUUCACAUUUGUUUCAAGAUCAUAACAUUGGUGGAAGAAAAGGAGUCAGUUUAGCUGAUGUAGGAGCUGUACCUGAUUCCACUGGAACGAUGAGAAGAGUAGAUCGAAGUACAGCUACUACGAAUAGUUCAAGUACAGGAACGAGUAGUCAAAGUAAUUUACCAUUUACUCAUCAUCAUCAUCAACCACAAGCAGCUAAUAGUCAAACUGGAUUACCUAAACCUCCAACGUUUUCAAUGUUUAGAUGAGUUUUAAUAUAUAUAUUACUUGAAUUGUUUUCUUUUUUUUUUGAUCAGGACACUAUUUUUUUUAACCAAAGAAAAGAAAGAAAUGUCUUUUAAAUAUAUAUAUAUAUAUAAUAUUCUCUCAUUCCUUUUUUUGUUUUAUUUAAUAUCUAUAUAUAUAUAUGUGUGUGUGUGUUUGUGUGUGUGUGUAAUACGCAUUUCAAUUUUAAGGUUUUUUUAUAUAUAUAUCUCUCCUAUUUUCCUCGCAUAUCUUUAAAUUAAUUAAUUGAAAUGUAGAAUUUAAUUAAGGUUUUUUUUUUCUUUUGCUUUUUUUUUGAUUGAAAAACUUUACACUUUUUCUUUUUUCUUUGUUCUUUUUUUUUGCAAUUUUGAGAUUUCGAUGUGCUUUUCUUUUAGGAAGAAUUUGGUUUGUUUUAAUUUUGAACUUUUUUUUUGUUUGUUUGUUUGUUGAGGGUUUGGUUUUUUUUUUGGUUUGAAAUUUGAUUUUUCAUGAAUAAGUAGAAAAU